AUCCAGUACUCCCACCUCAUCCUGUGUACCGGGUCUGACGGGCCGUUCCCAGGGAGGUUCAACACAGAGGCGUCCUAUCAGACCGCCAUCCAGACCUACCAGGAGCUGGUCACACAGUUCCAGGCUGCAGACUCAGUGUUGGUGAUUGGAGGCGGGGCCACUGGUGUAGAGAUGGCUGCUGAGAUCAAGACUGAGUAUCCAGACAAGAAGGUGGUUCUGAUCCACUCCAGGACGGUGCUGGUCGACACGGAGCUGCUGCCCAGCGUCAGGCAGCAGGCCAAAGAGGUUCUGCUGGAGAAAGGAGUGGAGCUGCUCCUGGGACAGAAAGUGUGUAACUUGUCAGAGCUGCAGCUGAAUGUGACCCAGAAGAACACCCAGGUGAAGACGGAUAAAGGAGAAACGCUGACCACCGAUCUGAUCAUCUGUUGCACCGGACUGARGAUCAACUCUGCAGCCUACGCCUCCAGCCUCC